ACAUAUGCACACGCACAAACACUCAGACACACACACUCAUGCGCACACACGCACACACAGACCCAUGUGCACACAGACCUGCACACACAUACACAGGACUUGUGGUCAGAGACAGAAGAAUGUUUGACUGAGUGACUCCUCAACUGUGUUCAUUAAAGAUGUGUCAGGUGACUCAGACGGUGCUGAAGCUGGAUGCUGAAGCGACUCAGGGUCUGAAACACGGAAUCAACUUCAAGAAAAACAAAGAGGGAAAAUGUUUCAUUAUCUACAGAAAUAAAGAGGUGAUUCGAGCCUGCAGGAACCAGUGCAAACACCAAGGAGGAUUCUUCAACCAGGACAUGGAGGAUAUGGACGGCAGGACGGUUCGCUGCUCUAAACAUUUCUGGAAGCUGAACGUGGAGACCAUGGAGUACGUCAAUCCUCCAGACAGCUUCACGCAGGACGAACUCGAGGUGGUACAUUGUGAAGAUGGGGGGUUGGAGUUUGUGGAGUUGGACCCUCCUGACCCUUGGACAACUGAUCCCAGACCUGCUGAGGAACUUCAGCAUGGAGAGGUUACGCUGACUUAUAUCACACACGCAUGUGUGGAAGUGAAGGCAGGGUCGAAGCGGAUGAUGUUUGAUCCGUGGUUGGUGGGUCCAGCGUUCGCUCGCGGUUGGUGGCUUUUACACGAACCUCCAUCAGAUGCACUGGAGAGACUCUACACUGCAGAUCUGGUCUACAUCAGCCACAUGCACUCGGAUCACCUCAGUUAUCCCACGCUGAAGUUACUUGCUGAGAGAAGAUCAGAUUUACCCAUAUAUGUUGGAAACACAGAACGUCCCGUUUUCUGGUAUCUUGAGAAAAGUGGCGUGAAACUGACUAACAUCAACGUUGUUCCAUUUGGCGUCUGGCAGAACGUAGAUGAACAUUUACGGUUUAUGAUCCUGAUGGACGGCAUUCACCCGGAGAUGGACACCUGCAUUAUUGUGGAAUAUAAAGGUCACAUGAUCCUGAACACAGUGGACUGUACACGCCCCAAUAAUGGCCGCCUCCCACACGGAGUGGACGUGAUGCUGAGCGACUUCGCUGGAGGAGCUUCAGGAUUCCCCAUGACCUUCACUGGAGGAAAAUACACUGAGAGCUGGAAGGCAGAUUUUAUCAAAACUGAGAGGAGGAAGCUGUUGAACUAUAAAGCUCAGCUGGUGAAGUCCCUGAGGCCAAAAGUCUACAGUCCCAUCGCUGGCUACUUCACAGAGGCUCAUCCAUCCGACAGGUACAUAAAGGAGACGAACAAGAAGAACGACCCUGUGGAACUGAACAGACUGAUUAAACUCACCUGCCCCGACAUUCUCACCUGGACUCCUGUACCUGGAGCCGUGCUGGACCUGUGUCUCGCCCUCACACAAAGGGACGCGGUGACUGAGCCUCCCAGUGGGACGAAGAUCUUUAAGGACAGCUGGGACUUUAAUCUAUAUUUGGAUGAGCUCAACACUGCGGUCUCGUCCCAAAUCUUCAAACACAAACAGUGGAUAGAAUUUUACUACAAAUGGGCCGCGUUCCGAAACUACAACCUGGUGAUACGGGUGAUUGAGACAGACGAUGGUUUCCAGCCGCUGAAGGACGGAUAUGAUUACCUGGUGGACUUUCGGGAUCUUUCUUUCCCCUCAGCGAGGCCUGACAGAGCACACGCCUACAUAGAGGUUAAGAACAGAGUGAAUGUGAUGAGGUAUGUGGUAUUGAAUGGCCUGCUAUGGGACGAUCUGUACAUCGGCUUCAACAACCAAAUCAGCCGAGAUCCUGACAUCUACCAUCACAAGUUUUGGAAACACUUUCAGUCGGACUUGCCGACAUCGCCACCAGACUGGGACUCUUUCCUGAAAAUGGUUCCGGAUCAGGAUUCGAGCAACUGCGUCCUGUCUUAAACACACAUGAACACAACGUCAGUAAUGUCGGCUGAUCACGUGACCUUUCCGUGCUGAAGGUUUAUUGGUGAAGGUAUAUAUAUUUAACUGUCUCAGGGAUGACAGGGAGUGGCACUAAAGUUAUUUAUUAUUCAUUAUUCAUUAUUAAUUCAUUAAUUCACAGACAGUGAAUGUUUUCUGCUAGAGAGAGAAAUGUAUAGUUCUUUAUUUAAGGUUAGGGUUUACUGUAUCAUGCUGCUGGGUGAAUGAGGGGGAUACGGCAGGUGUGGGGAGAUCCUUUAUUUGAACUUAUUUUUUUAGUUUAUUUAGUUUUAUUAAUUUAUUAGUUGUAUUAGUUUAUUUCUGACUGUUUCCUUGCUUCAUCUGUAGAGAAUAUUUAUACCAUUGCAGAAUGUUUUUGUACAGUGAAGGGUAGUGGGUAGCUCAGUGGUUAAGACGUUGUGCUUCUGAGGGAGUUCAAGCCCCAGGACUGCUGAGCUGCCACUGUUGGGCCCUUGAGCAAGUCCUUUAACCCUCAACUGCUCAGCUGUAUAAAUGAGAUAACUGUAAGUCACUCUGGAUAAGGGCGUCACCAAAUGCUGUAAUGUAAAUGAAGGGUUCCUUUAAUUCAAUUCAAUUUUAUUUGUAUUGAGCUUUUAACAAUGGACAUUGUCUCCAUUUUUAUUCUUAUUAUUUCAAUUUAUCGUUCUUAAUGAAUUAAUGUGAUGGCGUUCCUGUGGAUUUGGCAAAUAAAAUGAUCAGUGAUUGAGA